AUGAAGAGCUUUGCUACUUGGAUAACGGCCCUCAUGGCCACGGCCCCCCUCGCCCUGGCUAUUCCCCGGCCCUCGAUGAAUGCCCUUCGGAAGAAGGCCGACGCCGACAAGGUAGGCUACCUAGGGGUCUACUGGACCACCGAUGACGAGAGCGUCUACUUCGCCCUGAGCGACAAUGGCAACCCUUUGGCUUUCGAGACUGCCAACGGCGGCAAGUCCGUCUUGUCGCCGACGCUGGGCACCAAGGCCAUUCGCGACGCCUCUAUUAUUGCCGGGGUUGGCGAUGACGCCGGCAAAUACUACAUCAUCGGCACGGACCUGGACAUUGGAUCGACCAACUGGGGCGACGCCGUCCGCACCGGAUCGCGCGGCAUCUUCGUCUGGGAGAGUACCGACCUGGUGAACUGGACCGACGAGAGACUGGUGACGGUUGAGGACGAGACGGCCGGCAUGGUGUGGGCUCCGGACGCCGUAUGGGAUUCUUCUCAAGAACAAUACCUGGUACACUGGGCCUCCCAGUUUUAUGCGUCCGAUGAUUCGGACCACUCCGGUGACCCGACAACCACCCAGAUCAUUCGCUACGCCUAUACCAGUGAUUUCCGCACCUUCGGCGAGCCGAAGACUUAUAUCGACCAUCAAACCAGCACGGUCAUUGACCUGGCCUUCCUGGCUGUAGAUGACGAUACCUUCGUGCGCUUUUACGUCGAUGGCAACACGACAAGUCCCGUCGUGGAAGUCAGCAACGACGGACUCUUUGGCGACUGGACCGUGCCAACUGGCAGCGUGCAAGACAGCGCCAGCUACGAAGGACCGUAUGCCUUCUGGGACAACGAGGAAGAGGGCAAGGCGUAUCUGCUCUGCGAUCGCGUGGGCGACAGCCCCGGAAUCGCCGCGUGGGAAUCAACGGACGUCACCUCGGGCGAGUUUGCGAGAGACUCGUCGAGCGACCUGACCUUCAUGCGACAUGGAUCUGUGCUCGCUGUAACACAAGAGCAGUACGACGCCUUGUCAAAUCUUUAG